AUGAUACAGUCAAAUACACCACUCCCAGCUGAUGCACGUCGCAUACGCACCAUUAUCUGGUCAGGACCAUUGCUCGUCGUCACGUCAUACGUCUUGUAUAAUCGCCUCGUGUUGGGGAAAGAGCGAAGGACGGUAGAGGUAGAGGUUCAGAAGAACCCUCACGCACGAUUAGGAGACAACGCAUUUAUGAGAAAAUAUCCGGAAGAUAACCCUAUCAACACAAAUUCUUCGUCGUAG